AAAAAGGAAAACAGUCCUGACUGACUUUAAAACAUCGAAGGAAAAAAAAAAAAAAAGACACGAUUCAUUCCUCACUUUUUACUUUCUUUCUUUCUUUCAAAUUAUGACCGAGCUUGUAUGGAACGAUACACAUACUAUCAAUUCACAACAUAAAUAUUGCUACUGUGGUAGAGAUCGUAACCUGUUAGAAAUCACUAUUCAAUGCCGCUUAUGUAAGAAUUGGUUUCAUUCAGAAUGUACAACUAUUUCUAACCCACCCGAUCUACUUUUUACAACUAACUAUAAUUUUGUUUGUCAGAAUUGUAAUAAAGAGGGGGACUUUGAUAUAUUUGAAAGGACAACAGCUGGUUGGAAAGACAUUUGUUCAACUGCAAUUGCCAACUUGAUUUUAGAAGAAAUUCUUGCACGCAUUGGACAUAAUGAAACAUUAUUUGAUAGUAAAAACGCAAAUUUGAUGCAAGAAUGGCACCCUGAGGAAUAUUAUUUUAACAAGAAAGAAAUUAUUCCAUUUGUUGAUAAACACUGGCAGAGUCUUUGUACAGAGAGAGCCAGGACAACUACAUGGUGGGCUACAUUAGGAAGUUGUCUUUAUUCAUCCAAGGAAACUUUCAUGUCGCGUGAUGAACGUCAACGAUCUGCAGCUUCUGAUUUUCGUCUUGUUGAUGCCAAUCUUUGGCACAUUCGACCGUCAUUUAUCCAAUAUGGAGGAAAAUCAUUACCACGUACACAACAAGAUCUUACAACUCCAAUGACAACCCCCUCACCUAGGUCCUCAUCACCAACUCCUCUUUUUAAUGUUUUACCUGCUGUCAUUUUCCCACAAUCCUCAUCCUCAUCAACGGCAGAUCAUCCCUCUAAUCGUUUUGGGUUCAAGUACACAUAUUGUGAGCCAUCUAUUUUGUCCUUGGUAGGGUAUCAACAAGUGGCUAAUAAAGAUGGAUGCACUUUGAGUAUAACUGAUAAAAGCCCUUAUGUGUUUGUGGCUAAAGAUGGCUUAACAGUGACAACAGAAAAGGGAUUUCGUAUGUGUCGUGCGAAUGUAGGUGUUAAAGAAGGAGCAUGGUACUGGGAGGCUAUGAUACAGAAUGCGGCAGGACCAGCCAACGAUAAUGGACCUCAUGUACGUAUUGGAUGGGCACGACGUGAAGCUUGUUUAAAUGCACCUGUUGGAUAUGAUGCUUACGGUUAUGGCUAUCGUGACAAGACAGGCGAUAAAUUGUUUUGUUCAAGACCAAGUCAAUAUGGAGAACCAUUUCAAACAGGCGACGUAAUUGGACUUUAUAUUUCAUUACCAACUAGACCUUUCAAAUCAGUUACACGUCGGCGUAUUCCAAUUGCGUAUAAGGAACAUUUGUGGUUUGAAGAAAAGGAUUAUAGGCCAAGUAAAGAGAUGGAAGCCUUAAAGGACCCAUACAAGGAAGUGGAUUAUGAACCUAAAAUCUUGAAGGGAUCUUCCAUUACAGUCUACAAAAACGGGAUAAAUCAAGGAGUGAUGUUUACUGAUCUAUUUGAUUAUGAAGACUUUGGAAGUUGGCCAGAGACGAUUAUGGCUAAACGACGACAACGAGCAAAGAAAAAGAGAAAGCAGAGUUCAAAACAACAAGAUGAAUUAAAUGGACAACAAAGAUGGACAGAGGAUCCACCUGUGGAAGAUGAUGGUACAUUAGGUUAUUAUCCCGCCGUGAGUGUCUAUAAAGGAGCUGUGGUAACGUGCAAUUUUGGUCCUCAUUUUCAAUACCCACCUACAGAUCAAAAAGAGGACUGGAAGCCGUACUGUGAACGAUAUGAUGAAUAUAUGGCAGAGGAGUGUGUGUGGGAUCUAUUAGACGAAGUGUCAAGAUCAUUUAAGCAACAGAAAAAAGUAAUAUAAUGUACAUGACUUUUUUUUUUUGCAACUAUUUUGUUUAUUUGUUUGUUUGUUUGUUGUUGCCUUUUUUUUGGAAUUGGAGCUUUUAUUAAAG